AACUUCUCGGUCCUGUUCGGCGUCGCCCUCCUUCCCCAUUUCUGGUUCACUGCCGUCUUCACGAUCUACACGAAUCUAUUCCAAGCCGUGUUUGACUGGAGCGCGAUCGUCAGCGCUAUCCAUUUUCUGCCUGUCGGCAUCGUCGCAUCCGUUGUCAGCUGCACCGGUCCUCUGGCGCGCAUAAUCGAACCGAAGUGGAUCAUCCUCACGGGCGAGGCUUUACUGAUCGUCGCAACGAUCCUCCUUGCGUUGGCAUCGAGCCCGAAUGCCUACUGGCCGUUCGUCUUUUCUGCUUUCGUGGUUGGCGCCACAGGGGCGAUGCUCACGUUCACGCACACGAAUAUCGCCAUCUUCCGCACGACGCCGUCGCGCAUGGCGGGCACCGUCGGUGCCAUCUACAACGGCGCGUUCCAGCUCGGAUACGCCGUCGGCAUCGCUACCGUCUCUAGCGUGGAGAGCAGCGUGGAGAAGAAAAGUAGCCGCGGCUUCGACGAGUAUGAAGGGAGAGCGGCGGCGCUGUGGUUCAUGCUCGGUGUCGUGGGGGUGGAGACUAUCUCCGUGCUGACGUUCUAUCGCGUCGGGCGGGAGGUCGCUGAUGUAGGUAGGUAG